AUGAUAGUUGCUCUUCCAUAUUCGUUAGAAAAACGCCAACUCCACACCGGUCAAGGAACAUACUUUAAUCCUAGUUUAGGCGCAUGCGGCCAAUACGACAACGACAAUUCUUUGGUCGUAGCUCUCGCCGCACCAGAUUUCGAUCCGCAAUCUCCAAACGGAAAUCCUAAUCAUAAUUCUCUAUGCAAUAGAGGAAUUCGAAUUUACUAUAAUAAUCGAUCGGUUGAAGGGAUAAUUCGGGAUAGAUGUCCGGAAUGUAAUGCGGGAGAUGUUGAUAUGUCGCCCGCUAUUCCUCAGGAAUGCACCGAGCAAAAACAACACCUCACACUACGCAAGCGUGUUGCUAUGGCACUUGGCAUUGGUGAGGCAACGGUUGGUCGGUGUUAUGUGACUGGAAUCGCAGAAAUGGCGGCAAGUUUACACCCCAUAAAACCAUGGGUCGGCCAACUAUAG